CUGUGAGGACUUCACUGACCUGCUUUAUAAGGUUUCUCAUAGCAAGUAGCUUUCCAUUUUCUGAACCCACAAACAGAAGCUGCUGCUCCACAGUCUCAGCUGCAGAGUUCCUGUGGAAGGAGACAGUCAGAUUACUUCACUUCCUGAUAUACAACAUAAAACAAGACCAGCCUUUUGUUUUCAAGGGUUAGCAGACAAGAACUAAAUUAAGAAGUGAGAGUGUCAGCGAGUAAGAUGUUUCAUUUCUGUAUAUCAGCAACUAUGGUAUAGACAUAUUGAAAUGCAAAGUCAAACUCCUGAAAGGCUGGGCAAAGGGCACAAAAUAAAUUAAUUUAAAAGAAGAAAAAGAAGAAAACUUGUUUAGGUGAAGACAGCGGAUUCCCAUUUUGACGUGUAAAAAGAAUAAAGAAAAAACAUGGGAACACUAAAACAAAUCACAUUAUAUGUUCUCCUUUUUAGCUUAAUUUCCCCAUCUAGUGCUUUUUCCCUGAACAACUGCACAAUCAGUACUCCCCUAAAAGACAUCCAGCCGAAAGUCCUUUGCUACAAAAUGGGCUUUUUCAGGAUUCCGUGGAUACCUGGAAAUACACAUAUUUUAGAUAUUUCCUUCAAUGCCUUUGCACAGAUCCAGAUUGGGGACUUCAAUCAUUUGUCAAAUUUACAGGACUUAAACAUAUCCAACAAUAAGAUCUCGCAGAUUCAAGAGGGUGCGCUUGACAAUCUUUCCAAUUUAUCCAGUCUCAAUCUGGCCAGCAACAGACUAAAAGCAAUCUCGAGAGGUAUGCUACAUGGUCUAACCAACCUGCUGGUGCUACGUCUGGAUAACAAUUAUAUCAAAGACAUUGAAGAGACAGCUUUCAGCACGCUUCAGAAUUUAAAGGUGUUAAACCUAACAAAAAACCAACUCCAUUAUGUAGAGAAAAUCAAGCCGGUUCUUGCAUCACCUUAUUUGGAGGAGCUGUACAUUGGAAGCAACCAUCUUGAUGCUUUCAAGUCAUAUGAAAUGUCAAAAAAUCGCUUGUCAUUAAAAAAACUAGAUUUUUCUAACAACCCUUUUGCAACAUUUCAGCUUACUGACAAUAUAUUUCCAUUUCUCACUCACCUUGAUUUAUCUUAUUGCGGUCAAAAUGGAACUAUGACAUGGAACGUCACAGAAAAGACUUUCUUCACCUCAGUGAAAACCCUGUACUUCAUGGAUGUUCAUAUGUCAGUCCAGAAUGCUGCUAAUGUGCUUCAGAGCUUCCAGAAUUUGUUAAAUAAAAUCAGGCUUAAUGGAAACGUUGAGUUGAACAAGACUGACCUCCUGCUGAACGCCUGUUCUCCAGUGCUACAAGUUCUACGGCUAAAAGCAAACAAAAUAAAACACCUCACCGUGCACAUGUUUGAUCCCUGUUCUAACCUGACGGAAAUAGAUUUAGGAGAUAAUGAAAUAUCCGAUAUACCACCAGGUAUGUUCAGUGGAUUCACACAACUAAAAACGUUGCGUUUGCAAAUCAAUAAAUUUACUCAAAUAACAAACUUCUUUCAAAACCUCUUCACUCUUGAGUUCAUAGAUCUCAGUAGAAACAGCAUCAAGACCCUCACCUGUGAUGUUUUUGCCAAUUUAACACAGUUGAAAAAAUUGUACUUGUACAGUAACAAAAUCUCAAUCAUUAAAUCCUGUUUUUUCGAGGACCUGAAGAGUCUUGAAUUCCUCAGGCUUGGGACAAACAAUCUGUUAAGGAUCGGUGAUGCUUUCAGGAAUGGGCCACAAUCCCUGUUGGAGCUGCAACUUACUUUUAAUAAGCUAAGCAAAAUCGAAAAGUACACUUUUAGUAAUAUGUCACAGCUGAACAAUUUGCACUUACAAGACAAUCAGAUUUCAGAGAUCGAAAGCCAUGCAUUCGGAGGAUUGAAGAACCUGACCUCUCUAUUCCUGUCAUCAAACAAAAUAUCAGCUAAAACAUUAACAAAAUACCAGGAUGUGUUCUCAGGCCUGCCCAACCUCGAAAAUCUAGGUUUGGACGCCAACAUCAUUUCAUUUAGUGAUGAUCAAUUGAAAUUUCCUCCUUUUAAAGACCUGAAGCACCUUACUGUACUGGCCUUACACAGUCAACGUCGUGGAAUUGGCAAAAUACCCUCAAAUCUGCUUCAAGGUUUAUCCUCCUUGGAAAUGUUUUACGUUGGAAACACAAAUCUUGCUCAUCUGAAUCCUGAUACAUUCAAGUUUAGCCCCCAGCUCUGGUAUUUGGAUCUCUCCAAGAAUGCGCUGUCUGAAGACCACUCGAUCCCGGCUGAGUUGUUUCACCCCAUUGCGAGGCUAACCAAACUCAUCCUUUCGAGAACGCAGCUUCGCUCGCUGAACUUCCUGUUGAACGCAAAUCUCUCCAGACUUUCAACCUUAAAAGCUACUGGCAAUGAGAUCGACUUGAUCAACAAAACUCUGAUUCAGUCACUGCCUCGACUAGAGGUCCUCGACUUGCAAAAAAACACGUUCACUUGUGACUGUGACAAUGCAUUCUUCAUUGACUGGGCCAAGAAUAGUAAUUCUACUCAGGUGAUUUAUUUGAACAAGUACAUGUGUAGCUAUCCUAGUUCCUUACGAGGCAUGAGUUUGUCUGCUUUCAACACCGAAUCCUGCACCUUGAAUAUCGACUUCAUCUGCUUUCUUUGCAGCAGUAUUGUGGUCUUUCUCACCCUGCUCUCAUCAUUCGUUUGGCAUUUUCUGCGCUUUCAGGUGGUUUAUGCAUACUACCUCUUCUUAGCCUUCCUUUACGACAACAAGAAGAAGCAGAGCAGUUCGACAUUCCAGUACGACGCCUUCAUUUCCUACAAUGCCCAAGAUGAGCCUUGGGUAAUGGAGGAACUUAUUCCAAAAUUAGAAGGAGAACAGAGCUGGAGAUUGUGCCUUCACCACAGAGACUUUGAACCAGGAAGGCCAAUAAUAGACAAUAUCAUUGAUGGAAUAUACAGUAGCCGCAAGACCAUCUGUCUGAUCACUAAGAACUACCUGAAGAGCAACUGGUGUUCAAGUGAGGUCCAGGUGGCGAGUUUCAGACUCUUUGAUGAGCAGAAGGAUGUACUGAUUCUGGUGUUCCUGGAGGAUAUCCCCACACAUCAGCUCUCUCCGUACCACAGGAUGAGGAAGCUGGUGAAGAAACGAACCUACCUCCGCUGGCCCAAACCUGGAGAAGAUACUAAGAUCUUCUGGCAAAAGCUAAAAAUGGCUUUAGAAGUCAAAGAGGGUCAUAAAUCAGAUCGUUUAAUUCCAUGAUGAUAUUAGAACUAUAUGGUUUAGAAUGCUAAAAGUAAAUUCACAACAUCACAAGAGACCCACAGUCCAAUUUGUUAAAUGUGUUGGAAAAUUAGUUGCACUAUAUAAAUUGGUUGUUGUUAUUUUUAUUUCAUUUUUUUCAUGUGAAGUAGACUUUUAUGCAUUUUAUUUACAAAUCUCUGCACUGAAUGAAUGAAUGCACUACCAUUCAGGGUCUGUACUUAAUUCUGCAAUGUUUUUCUCU